CAAAAAAAAAUGCAAGAGAGACGGUGGGCAGAUGUGACGCUACAAAAACUACUGUCGUAUUUCCGGUUUAAACAAAACGCGCGGAAUUCGACUCAUAAAUAUCGGCAGCACACGGUUGAUAGUAAAAAUACACCAGAUGUUUGAUUGAUACGACUAAACAGUUUGACGACGCUAAUGUUUUAAGUUCUUCGGCAAUGGAGGAUGACAGGAUGGAGACGGGAAACCUCACACCAAAAAUCCAUGUGGAAGUUCACGUUAAAUCUGACAGCACAGCUAAACGGUCUGAGGUGAAAAUGCAUGUUCAGAGUUUACUGAACUGUCACAGCAUGGUGUUUGGAAACUACGCAUGGACAGAGUUUGACGAUGACUUCCUUCAGAAGCAUGUGGCAUCUGUGGUUAUAGCUGAUCUAGAAGAAAUAGUUACACAGCCCCUUGAUUUGAAGAACUGCUGUGUCUCUUUUCACAUCUUCACACUGAGCGAAGAUGGACCUAGCAUGCUCACUUUGGAGGAGGAUGAGGAGCUUUCAGCAGCAAACCACUGGUUGCUGCCUGCAGCUGAAUUUCAUGGGAUUUGGGAAAGUCUGGUUUAUGAAACUGGAGUCAAAACUCAGCUCCUGGAUUAUGUCACAACAACAAUUUAUUUCUCAGACAAAAAUGUUGACAGCAACCUGAUUUCAUGGAAUCGUGUUGUUCUGCUUCAUGGACCUCCAGGCACAGGGAAAACAUCACUGUGCAAAGCUCUCGCCCAGAAACUGUCAAUCAGACUGUCAAGUCGGUAUUUAUAUGGCCAAUUUGUUGAGAUAAACAGCCACAGUUUGUUCUCAAAGUGGUUCUCAGAGAGUGGCAAGCUGGUCACAAAGAUGUUUCAAAAGAUCCAACAGCUGAUUGAUGACAAAGACGCUCUUGUGUUUGUUCUGAUUGAUGAGGUGGAGAGUUUGACAGCAGCAAGAAAUGCCUGCCAGGCAGGAACAGAGCCUUCUGAUGCCAUUCGUGUGGUCAACUCGGUCCUCACGCAGCUGGACCAGAUCAAACGACAUUCCAAUGUAGUGAUCUUGACGACCUCCAAUGUGACAGAAAAAAUCGACUUGGCCUUUGUAGACAGAGCUGAUAUCAAGCAGUACAUCGGACCGCCAUCUGAAAAAGGCAUUUACAACAUCUACCUCUCCUGCCUGGAGGAGCUGAUGAAGUGCCAGAUCAUCUACCCCCGGCAGCAGCUGUUUACCAUGUUUGAGCUCAAGACUAUGGGCUUUGCAAAGAGUGAGGUGUCCGAACACAGUCUAAACCUGAGGAACAUUGCUAUAAAAAGCAAAGGUUUGAGCGGAAGAGCACUCAGGAAGUUACCAUUUAUAGCCCAUGCACUCUUUGUAAAGACACCAACAGUAACGCUUGAGAGGUUUCUGGAGGCUAUGGGCCAAGCUGUGGAAAAACAGAAGGAGGAAAAAGCUAACUUGGUCAAUGGUAUCUGAACCUGCUGAAAUUCCCACAGGCUGACUGAUUGUGCCUUGUUUGUGGUUUAAAACCUAUAAAACAUCUUUUUUAUAGAGCUUAAUCAGUUCAUUUGUCAGCACUACAUUCAAUAUACAUACACACAAAUGCUAUUUUAACAAGUGCUGUAACACAAAAGUGUUUAUUCAGGUAAUUUUUCUGGUGCUACUCUCUUAAAUGACCAAGACCAUAUCUAUGUCGACAGAGGAAUUGUAAUUUUAAGUUGUAGCCCCCAAUGCUUGAAUUUUUCUUUGUUUUAUAUGCUAUUAACAAAUAUGUUUACUCUUUUCUC